AUGCAAGAAAUAUCAGAAGUUUUACAACACUAUAUCUUAUCAAAAUAUAAUACAAAGUUUCAACCUUUUUUCGAUAGUAGAGACAGUCACAUACAAAGAUCUCCAGAUCGUAUGGUUCAUCAGAAUGGUUUCUCUCGAUGCGGUUACCACAUCUAUCAUAUUAUUGAAAGGUAUGGUCAUAGAGAGUGUAUAAGUAAUCUAGCCUUGGUUUGUAAGAGAUGGUUUCGUAUUUUAAGAAUGUUGACGGCUCAAAAUGUAAAAGGUGUAUCGAUGGAUGAUCUACCAUUCAAGAUACAUGAUCUAGACAACUUUAAAGAACAACCCUUUUUACAAUAUUUACCACUCUCAUUGGCCCAUGUGCAUACAUUCAUCAUUGAUUGUGGUAGUAAUGAAAGAAACAAUGUCAACUAUUCUAGACCAGGCUCUAUACUAUCAAUCAUCAGCGCAAUGACAUCUUUGGAAAGAGUCAUAUUACAGAUAGUGUUUAUAACACUUGAUGAUCAACCAGAAAAAAAAGACAACCGGUAUGAAAAGAGAAUGCUAGAUUUGGUGGAAUCAAUCAAUAGAUUAGAGCGGGAUGGUAGUCAUGUCAAGAUACAAGCAAAUCUGUUGUUGAUGAUCUAUGAUGGCAAAAACAAACCAUCAAAAGGUAUUUGGAGUGACUUUGACAAAUUUCUGUCUAAUGACAGUGGAGUAGAGGUGACUGAAAUGACCUUUGACCAUUGGAGUGGUUGUCAAGAUCCUUAUGAUUACGUUUUUGAAACAAUAUUCAAUACAGCGGUAUCACUAAAACAAAAGAAUAUAACUAUUGACCUUUCUUGUCAUAGUGAAGGAUCCUUUCCAAUAGGCUUCAAGUUGUUUGAAAACAUUGAUGCCAAUGGUGUAAAUUUGGAAAGAGUCAAUAUCAAAGGUGGACUUGUCAAGAUUAGAGAUAUCAACGUAUUGCUGCAAUCAAAGACAAUUAAAUCAUUGACAAUUGGAUUUCAAUGGCACAAUGAAUAUGACCAACAUACAAAACAGGGAUUUGAUUCAUACACUGGUUAUCCAGAAGACAAAGAAUGGAAACGUCUAAAACAGGAAUCUGCCCAAGCGAUUGAUAUAAACAACCAAUAUUCUGUAUCUCCAUUACUUGAAGAAAUGUCACAACGUCUCCAACACAACAAAACACUAACUUCUCUAACAAUCAAACAUAGUUAUGUACCUAGUUUGGGUGGCAACUGGCAACUUGCCAAAAGAUCGAUUCAUUUGGUAAAAGAUUGUUUUGCAAAUAUAUUAUCAAACAAUCAAACCAGUUUAAAACAUUUAGAAUUUGAAAGAGCAGAUGAUUAUUUAGAUGACAGAUUCUACCAAUCCAUUGCAAAUAAUACUACUUUGGAAUCACUUAAACUUUGCUUUUUAAAAUAUUCUAAAUCCAAAAUUGACACUACCUAUCAAGAAUACCUAAAACAAAUAGUUGUAUCGAUUAGUAAAUCACUUUCAAUCAAUCGAUCACUUCAAUCUUUGGAAAUCGGUGUACCUUUUAGGGACGAUGAUUUAUUUUAUAAAGUAGAUUUAAUGAACCAUUUCAGACUAAUACCCAAUAGAAAUUGUUUAAUCAUGAUGUAUAAACUUAAAGAUAGCAGUUUUGAAUAUCUUCCAAAUUCUUUAAAAAGUCAAGAUUAUUACUCCAUUUAA